UAACCAUUCAAUUCUGUAUGCAUGGUUGAAUCAGAAUUCACUGGAACUUUGAGUAAAUUUCCUCUGACCAUCAUUUCCAUGUAAAAGUAUCAUGAUUAUUUUGUUACAUGAUGAAUCUUCAAGUUGAAUAUUUGUUCAUGUUUCUUUUUUAUAUAUUCAUCACUCUUUUCCUUAAAUCAUCAAAAAUUUUAGACUAAUAAGUCUAUCAACUCAAUCAAUGUUCAUCAUUUAUUCUGAUUGUCACCAAUUAACAAUUCAUUAUCCAAAUGAAUGAAAAAAGUGUUGAUAAUAAUCAGGAAAGUGAAAAUAAGGCCACAGGUAAAGAUUCAGAAAAGGAGAAUGUCAAUUCUGUGAGAAAUGAAGGUAAAUCCAGUGAAAUCCAAGUGAAAAAUGUUAAAUCUCAACCGAGAAAACAAUCAAUUGAUCAACGAAAAGGUAAAAAGUUUGUUAAAACGACAAAAGUUGUCAGAUCAAUUGUACGAACAUCGAAACAAUUAAAUCCAAUCGGUGACAAUUCCCUGAAAUCAGCUGAUACAAGUUCAAAAGUUAAUCCACCAAUUGUGAUACCUAAAGAAACGGUUAAUAGUGAAUCCAAUCAACCAGAUAAAUCAAAACAAUCAACUGUUGGUAAUAAUAAACAAUCAGAGCAGCAACAAUUAUCUACUAAUGGUAAUGAUAAGGAAUCAUCAAUAAUCUCAGAUGACAAAAGUGAAUUAAAAGUGAACACAUCAAAUGAUCCUAAUGUUAAUCCAAAUGUUAAUCCGAAUGAUGUUAAUCCUAAUCGAGCCAAGUUUCGUCCAAAAUUUAAAACUGUCGCUCUCUUAUCGGUUGCUGGUAAAAAGGGUAAUCUGGUUAAAGGGAAAAAGCCAAUGGAACCCAAAAAACCACCCAAACCAGGACCAGAGAGAUUCAUUGAAUUAUGUAAAAAGGGAAGUUGGAAUCGGGUGAUUGAGCUUAUGGAUGAAUAUCCAAGUGAAAAUAAUAACAUCGGAUUAAGUUCAGUUGAUCCAGUUACGGGUUACUCUCCAAUAAUGUUUGCUGUUAAAUCAUCAAGAGCUGAUGUACUUGAGAGGAUGAUUAAGUAUGGUUUCCAUAUCAAUACACAAACUGAGAACGGUAUAACUGCCCUUCAUUUAGCUGCUCAAUCGGGCAAAGAUGAAUUGAUGAAAAUUCUGAUAUCAGCUAAAGCCGAUCCCAUGGUUUCAGGAGGGAUUAAAAAAGAGUUUCCAAUUCAUAUGUUGAUUCGUAAAUUGAAAGGUCCAAAUUCAGGACCGAUUUCAAUGCUACUCAAAUCAUGUCCAGAAGAAAUGAGAUUGGCUGCUGAUUCGGAAGGUUACAUUCCUUUGCAUUUUGCUGUUGAAAUGCAAAACACUGGAUUAGUGAGAGAAUUGUUAACAAUUAAUAGUAAAUCACAAUUAGAAUCGAAGAGGAAAAAGUUUGGAGACACAGCUCUUCAUAUGGCAACUCGAAAACGAGACAUCGAAAUGUUCAGAGUUUUAUUAGAUUACGGUGCUAAUAUUAACAUUCAGAACCGAGAAGGACAAACACCUUUACAUAUUGUUGCCUGUGAUUCUGAGGAUAGUUGGAUUAAGUUUCUUCAAAGUCACUCAGCUGAUUCAAAUAUCGCUGAUUGUCAAGAUCGCACUCCAUUGCAUUUAAUUGUUGAUAAAGGAUUAGCUCGGCGAGUUGAUUAUAUGAUUGAAAAAUUUGGUGCCUCAAUUAACUGUCGACCCAUGGAUGGUAAAACCUUAGUUCAUGCUGCGGUUAAAUCAAAAACGGUUGAAUUACCAUUGAGCUUCAUUAAAAAGGGAAUACCAAUUAAAACAGCUGAUCGAAAUGGAUCAAGAGUUAUUCAUAUUGCCGCUGAUUGUGGUCAUGUUGAUUUAAUUAAGAUUCUAAUUCAACGAGGGGAAGAUGUUGACUGUCAAAAUAAUGAUGGUUAUACUCCUUUACAUGUAGCAGCUAAAUCAGGACGUGAUGAUAUCGCUGAACUUUUAAUUGCUAAUCGAGCUUUGGUUGAUGUAAUUGCCUCCAAUGGAUUAGAAACUCCUCUUCAUCUUGCUUGUCGAAGUCCAAAUGGUACUAAUUGUGCUCGAUUGUUAAUCAAAAGUGGAGCUAAAAUUAACACAGCGAAUAAGAUUGGCAUGACACCGAUUAUGAUCGCAAGUGAAUCUGGUAAUUUAUCAACACUCGAACUGCUUCUUGAUCAUCAAGUGAAUAUUGAUUUAGUUAAUAACAAUCAAGAAACUUUAUUACACAUCGCUGUUGCUUCAUGCCGAACUUCAAUUGUUACAACUUUAAUUGAGGCAAUUAAAGGUUUACGAUCAGAGGAUGGACUUAAAAAAUUCGUAAACUUACAAAAUAAGCUUGGAGAGACUUGUCUUCAUUAUGUUGCCCGUUUGGAUAAAAGUAAAUUAUCUGAUCAACAGAAACAAGAUGAUCGACAAUUAACUAAAUUACUAAUAGAAUCUGGUGGAUCCAUUUUGAUUGAAAAUUUCGAGACGAAAGAAACUCCAGUCCAUUAUUGUUGUCGACUUGGAUCAACUGAAGUUCUCGAGGAAAUAAUCGAAGCAAAAAGUUCGAGUGAUCUAAUGUUCAUAGUAAACAUACCGUCAAAGGGUGGAUUAACUCCAAUUCUUCAUGCCUGUCGUUCAGGUCACGCCGAUAUAAUCAAAUUACUAUUAGUUGAAUUGGCUCGAACUGAUGUUUUUGACGAGAAAGGUCAAGCAUGUCUUCAUUUAGCCUCUGAAUUGGGUCAUGAGGCUGUUGUUGACAUUUUACUUGAAAACAAGGCGACGGUUGGAGUUCGUAAUAAACAAGGAAUGACCCCUUUACAUUUCGCAGCCAAAAAUGGUUUCACUUCAAUGGUUAAAUCGUUAAUCACUCGAUAUCAAGCUCAGAUUGACGCUGUUACAUUAACUAAACAGACUCCACUUCACAUGGCAACUGAAUCUGGUCAACUUGAAACUUGUGCAACAUUGUUAGACCUCAAUGCCAACAUGAAUGCUGUUGAUGGGCAUAAUCAGACACCUUUACAUUUGGCUGCUGAAUCAAAUCAUUCUGAAGUUUUCAAUCUGUUUCUUGCUAAAAAUCCGGCGCUCAUUUCAUCAGCCAAUGGAUCGGGUUUAACUUGUGCUCAUAUCGCCGCGAGUAAGGGAAGUGUUUCCGUUAUAAAAGAGCUUCUUAAAUUUGAUAGAAAAUCAGUAAUCACAAGUAAAAUACCAGGAAAAGAAGCAACUGCUCUUCAUGAGGCUGCAGAAAAAGGAUUCGCUGAGGUUGUUAAGAUUCUCGUUGAAUCUGGAGCAUCAGUUCAAGACGAAGAUAAACAUGGAAUGACUCCUCUCCAUUUAGCGGCUCGUUAUGGGCACAUUGAAGUUCUAAGAGUGUUGAAAGAUGCCGUCGAUCUUAAAAUGGUUUCUAAACGGAACGGACUGACUGCCUUACAUGUCGCCGCUUCUCAUGGACAAAGUGACUUUGUUAUUGAACUUUUAUCCAAUGUUCCUGGAGGUAUAACCAGUGUUAAAGGGACACUUGACCCCAAUGCUGAGUUCGGAGUAACUCCGCUUCAUUUAGCUGCUAAAAAUGGCCAUGAAUCUGUGGUUCGAUUGCUAAUGAACAGCACUGGAGUUCAAGUUAACUCGAUAACUAAAAUAAAUGAAUCAACUCCUAUGCAUUAUGCUGCUGAAGGAGGUCACAUGAUCGUUGCCGGUUUAUUAAUCAGUCGAUCAGCUGAUGCAUUGAUUAAAAAGGACAAACAUGGUAAAAGUAGUUUACAUUUAGCCGCAGCUCAAGGUCACCUUAAUAUGGUCUCAAUGUUACUCGGUCAAGGAGCAGAGAUAAACGCUUUGGACAGAAGAGAUUGGACUCCGUUACAUUGUGCCGCUAAAUCAGGUCAUCUGCCUGUGGUUAAAUUGCUAAUCGAAAGUGGAGCUGAUCAUGAUGCCGUUAAUAACGAAGGACGAAAUUCAAUUUGUUUAGCAACCGGAUCAAGUCAUCUUGAUGUUCUUAGCUAUUUACUAACAAUUAAACACGAUUCACUUAAUCUUGUCGAUGAUCGACCGUUCCUUCUUGAUCUGAUGUUUUGCUCAAAGAAUCAUGAUAAUAAACCAAUCGAGGAAUUGAUUCUCAAUUCAGAUUCCCCGAUUUAUAUUUCUGUUAAAUUAGCUCGUUCCUUUGAACAAUUAGCUAAUCGUGAUAAAGAUAAAUCUAGAGAUUUACUUGCAGCCUCAUCUUACUGUGAUAAUAUUGCCAUUGAACUAUUGAACAUAAUAUCAACUAAUUAUGGAAUCGGUUCUCUACUUCGAGCAACCGAUUCUCAGUCAAUUGAAUUUCUUGAUAUUCUUAUUGAAUUUGAACGGAAAAUGGUCACAUCCCAGCACGCAGUUCAAAAAUAUCUGUCCAAAGUUUGGAUCGGUGAUCUAACUUGGACUCCAACUCGAUUUACAAUAUUUUUCAUCCUUCUACUGGUCUUCCCACCUCUCUGGAUAAUAAUAUCAACCCCGAUAGGCCAUAAAUUACAUUCGAUUCCCGUUAUUAAAUUUUUAUCCUUUCUAACUGCUCACAUAUAUUUCAUCAUCUUAUUAUCAUCAGUGAUUCUAUUUCCACCCUUGACAAUUGCCUAUUAUCAUUGCUGUUUACCUCAAUGGAAUGAGUGGUUUCUGUUUAUCUGGAUGAUUGGAUUACUUUUCUCUGAGAUUGUUAAUCCUCGAGAUAGAAGUGGUUUGGGUAAUAUUAAGAUGAUUAUCUUGAUCUUUAAUUUCACUGGGAUGUUGAUGCAUCUCAGUGUAUUCAUAUUGAACUUUGUUUUCCAUGAAGAUGAUAUUCUUUCCGAUGAAUUAUGGUCCAUUCGUCGAUCUGAUAUAUUAUAUUUACGAAAUCAAAUCUGGGCCUGGGCGAUGCUGUUCAGUUUUAUUGAUUUUCUCAAUUUCCUAACGGUUCAUCCACUUUUCGGCCCGUGGGGAGUAAUUAUCGUCGAGCUUAUCGGUGAUCUAAUUAAAUUUGUUUCCGUUCUAUUACUUUUCCUUCUUGGUUUUACCCUUCACAUUUGUGCAAUUUACCAACCAGUUUAUCGAUCUCCUGUUAAUUGUUCAAUCUCAUCUCAUGGGCAAACAUUCAUGGAACCACCGAAAACAGCGGAAAUAUUGCUUUGGGCUCUUUUCGGUUUAGUUCAACUGGAAGAGCUUCCGGCUAAUCAUUUGAGCCCAAAAUUUUCUCAGCGAACAAUGAAAGCAGUUUUCGGCAUUUACAUGUUACUCUCAAUCGUUGUUCUCAUUAAUUUACUAAUUGCGAUGAUGUCUAAUACAUAUCAACGAAUAGAAGAUCAAUCUGACAUCGAAUGGAAGUUCGGUCGAGCUAAACUAAUUCAGAACAUGAAUCGUACUCUUCCUACACCCUCACCGAUUAAUCUAAUCGUUGGAAUACCAUUAUUGAUCCAACGUCGAAAUAAAAAGAACAAAUCAAAGUUGAAAGGUAUUGGUGAUGGACGAUUAAAAUCGGCUCGAACUAUAAGGUCACAAUCAUCGAUUCGACGGAGCAGUAACGACACCGUGGAAACCAAUAAAUCUUCAAUUCGAAGAGGUUCAAAAACUUCGAUAUCGACAGCGAAAACUUUAUUACUCGAUGAUAAUAAACAAUCAAAAACUGUUUACAAUGUUGUCAAUUGGCAAACAGUAGUAAGAAAAUACUAUGAGACUCUUGGAUUAGUUAAACCGAUUGAAGAAACUGAUGAAUUGAUUGAUUAAUAAAUUGUUACAAAUAAAAGUUAAUUGUUGUUGUUGUUUAUUUUACAAGGUGGCACUUUUUUAUUGAUUCAAUUUCAAAUGCACAAGUUACACACUCAUUGAUUAAUACAAAUCUUAUUCACACCCAAAAGAAAAACAAUCAAUUAAUUAGUUGGUUUGAUUAAGAUUGAAAAGAGAAGGU